CGUCGAUCACACCAACAAUGCCUGGUCUGCGCACCAUCCGCCCCGAAGAAGUCCGAGCUUUCGCGUACGACCCAGUCGAACCGCUCGCACUCGAACAAGCGCGCGCAAUCGUCAAUGACGUUAAGUCUCGGGGGGAACCCGCGGUGCGCGAACACGCCGUUCGGCUGGGCGACCUUCCGUCAACAUCGGCUUCAUUGGUUUACACCCGCGACGAAAUGAAGGCUGCAUUCGACGCGUUGCCUGUUAGCGAACAACAAUUGCUAACGCGUACGAAGCAGCGCAUUGAAGCGUUUGCUAUCGCCCAGCGCGCAUCCAUUCAGAGCUUUUCGCGCGAAAUUCCGGGAGGACAAGCUGGCCAAGAUGUCUCACCCAUGCAAGUGGCAGGCUGUUACGCCCCUGGUGGACGUUAUCCGUUGCCCUCCUCCGUCCUCAUGACAGCGCUGACUGCACGCGUCGCCGGCGUCUCGACUGUAAUUGUAGCCUCUCCACGACCCGCACCCGCCACGUUGGCCGCCGCGUACAUUUCAAAUGCUGAUAUCCUUUUGGCUGUCGGCGGUGCUCAAGCAGUAGCCGCCCUCGCGUACGGUUUGGACGGUACUGGUGUUUCUGCUUGCGACAUCAUUGUUGGCCCCGGGAACAAAUGGGUCACGGCCGCCAAGUCCCUCGUCUAUGGCAAGUGCGCGAUUGACAUGCUCGCAGGGCCAUCGGAGUGUCUCGUUGUCGCGGACGCUUCUUCUGUUGUUCACGCUGCCACGAUUGCUGCCGACCUCCUCGCCCAAGCCGAACACGAUACUGCAGCUGUGCCUAUUCUUGUCACGGAUUCGACUGCGCUACUCGACGCUGUGAAUGCCUCCAUCAUUGCCCAGCUCGCGACGCUCCCGACUGCCCCCACUGCAAGUGUGAGCGUCGAGAAGGGAUUUGCCGUCCUGUGUCCGUCUCUAGACGUCUGUGUAGACGUGGCCAACGUCCUGGCGGCAGAACACGUCGAGAUCAUGACGUCCGAUUCCCAGGCCGUGGCCGAUCGCAUUCAGCACUACGGGGGUCUGUUUAUUGGAUCCCGAGCGGCGGAAGUGCUCGGCGACUACGGCGUUGGUCCCAACCAUGUGCUCCCAACUGGCGGCACCGCGCGGUACACGGGCGGUUUGUCUGUGCACACGUUCUUGCGUGUCCGAACAUGGAUGCGCAUCGACGAUGGCGCGUUGUCGCAAGAAGCGGUGGCCGACGCGGUGCAAUUGGCACGUGUCGAAGGGCUCGAAGGACAUGCACGCGCGGCGGAACGGCGGUUGCUUUCGUAAGCCAUGCAAAUUGAAUAGAUGCUGUUUCCAUGA